CAUUUUCAUGUUUAUCUCGACAAAGUUGCGACGUUUAACGUGGAACGGAGAACCGACCACUGACUGUCUAUGCAGUAUGCACUGGUAUAAAUACCCCCCUCUGCAGCUGCAACUUGCAUAUGUCCUGUCACAACUAGCCGGCGGCGGUACGGACGUGCGUCGUUCGAUCCUUUGCUGACCAUGGCGUCCCCUUCAUCGGUACUCCCCAAGGUGGUCGACGGCGAGAACGAGGCCACGGGACGCCGCGCCAAAUGGUGGUACGUGACGUUCCACAACGUCACGGCGAUGGUCGGCGCCGGCGUGCUCAGCCUGCCGUACGCCAUGGCUCACUUAGGAUGGGGCCCAGGGAUCGUGGCGCUGGUGGUGUCAUGGGGGAUGACGCUGUACACGCUGCGGCUGCUGAUCCUGAUGCACGAGUGCGUGCCCGGGGUGCGGUUCGACCGGUACCGGGACCUGGGCGUGCACGCGCUGGGGCCACGGCUGGGGCUGUGGGUGGUGGUGCCGCAGCAGCUGAUCGUCCAAGUCGGCUGCGACGUGGUGUACAUGGUCACCGGCGGCAACUGCCUCCAGAAGUUCUUCGAGUCCGUCUGCCCGUCCUGCUCGCCACGGCUCCACGGCUCCUACUGGAUCUGCAUCUUCGGCUCGUCCCAGUUCCUCCUCUCCCAGCUCCGGGACCUCAACUCCAUCACCGCCAUCUCGCUCGCCGCCGCCGCCAUGUCCCUCAGCUACUCCACCAUCUCCUGGGCCGCCUGCCUCGCCAGGGGGCCCGUGGCCGGGGUGAGCUACGCGUAUAAUAAGGCUGGGACUGCGUCGGAUGGAGUGUUCAGGGUGUGCAGCGCGCUGGGGCAGGUGGCGUUCGCGUUCGCCGGGCACGGCGUGGUGCUGGAAGUGCAGGCGACCAUCCCGUCCUCGGCGACCAAGCCGUCCAGGGUGCCCAUGUGGAAGGGCACCGUGGCGGCGUACCUGGUCACCGCCGCCUGCUACUUCCCCGUGGCGUUCGUCGGGUACUGGACGUUUGGAAGGGACGUCAGUGAUAACGUGCUCGUGGCCCUCGAGCGCCCGCCCUGGCUCGUCGCCGCGGCUAACUUGAUGGUGGUCGUCCACGUCGUCGGCAGCUAUCAGGUGUACGCCAUGCCGGUGUUCGAGAGCAUCGAAACGAUUCUGGUCAACAAGUUCAGGGUUCCUCGCGGGGUGCUCCUCCGUCUGGUGGCUCGAUCAACCUACGUCGCAUUCACGCUGUUCGUGGCGGUGACGUUCCCGUUCUUCGGCGACCUCCUCGGCUUCUUCGGCGGCUUCGGGUUCACGCCCACGUCCUUCUUCCUCCCCUGCAUCCUGUGGCUGAGGAUCAAGAAGCCUCCCAGGUUCAGCGCCUCGUGGUUCGCCAACUGGGGGUGCAUCGUCGUUGGGGUGAUGCUCAUGCUGGUGUCCACCAUCGGCGGGUUAAGGAGCAUCAUUCAGGAUGCCUCGACGUUCCAGUUCUACUCUUGAAUCUUGAUGGCUUAUGGCUUAGCUGCAUGUAAGACGAGGAUACUGACAAACUUGAUGUACGUCGUGGCCAACAGAAGCCUCUUGAUCACUGAAGGUCGUUGGCCCCGAUUUAGAGGGUGGUAAUUAACUGGUGACCUGCUCCUGCAGAGUGUCAAUCUUUUUCUCUUUUGAACGCUGCAUCCAAGCAAAUUACUGAAGAUCGUGAAGCUAAUGCCGUGGCAAGCGAAAGAUAGGUGAUGUUCCAGUGAUGGUUAUCUUAGCUAGCUUUUGCCCAGGACUUAAUAAACCUUGUCUGUACAGUGCUGCGACACAGAUGAAUAAAUAGGAAAAGGGUUGAGUUUAGAGUU